AUGAUUCAUCAACUAUGUAAAGUUCAAGAAACUUCUCUAGCUAAACUAAUAAAGCAAUUUCCUAAGGAAUUAUUGGAUGCAGGAGUAUUGCACGACUACUCAUACUUUUUCAACUCGCUAGUAGGACUUAUAUAUAAAAAAUCUCGCAGAGAUAAAGAAAUUCCAGAGCUAAACCAAUGUUCGGAAUGCAACAAUGAAAUUUUAACGCGUCUUCCGAAGAAAACUAAAGGGGAGCAUGAAGCCCUAAAGAAGCUCUAUGAUGAGGUUAAAGAUCAGCUUCUCUCCAAAGAGGUUACCAAAAGAGCUCUCGGAAAAAAAUCAGACAGGAUGAGGAAGGCUUAUGAUCCUUUAUUCCGUAUUAGUGAUGAUAAAAUUCAACGGACGAUAUCGCAGUCCACUGGAUAUAACGAACCUGGAUAUACCAAAAACUCGUUAUAUCGAACCAAAUAG